UUAUGCUGUCGAGAUUCUAAGAGUUCACUUUCCGAGAAUUGCUGGAGGACACUUCGUGGAAACACAACAGGUGGAUUUUUAAGAAUUUCACCGUAGCGGUAGACUAUAUGGCUAGAUUGAAUUAUAAGAUUCUUCUUUUUAUAGACUGUUUGUCUUAUACGGACAUGUUUUUUUCUUCUAAAAUGCUGUUAUGAACCAUUAACUCUAUAGGUCUAUUAACAUUAUGCCUGUUUGCUUGUUGGUUUAUUAGAGGAGCCUACUUGUCAAACCUACUCUCUGGACAUUAGUUACUGACAAUUGUUUAAAAUGAUGUGUUACAGGUGAAUGUGUGAGUGCGUUCUUAAGGGAAAGCUUAUGUGACGUUUUUAUCUCAUUAACGUAAUCCUAUUGUAAGUGUUGACAGCGUCGGCCUGUGCACUUUGACAUCUGAUUUAAGUUUUCAUCUUUCAUUCAUUUGUGGUCAGUCUGGUAUGAUUAGGUCUACGUUUCAUUUUUUUUGGAGUGUCUUCUUUUCACAAUGAGAAAGGAGUUGUUGCAUUCAAGUGUGAAUAUUUAAUCUUAAACGCAUUAAGAUUGUUGCUUCCGAGGACAAGUCCUGGGUCAAAGCAGGCUCUUAGUUUCAUCAGCAGGCACUGCAGGCCAUCUUGUGUUAGGUGGUAGAAUGCUGAAAUGAAAGCAAUAGUGUAACCAAAGCGAACCUAAAGGGUGAUCAAGAAGUGGUCAUUGGUUGUUCAAAUAAUACCUCUGCAGACUAAUAGAAAUAUUUCUUGUUUCAUAUUAAGAUAUGUGUGUAAUUGUGUAUGGUUUUAUGUUCAUUUAAUGUGAACUUCUCUGGAGAAAAUGUUAGAGGAUGGUGGCUUUUCCAUUGAAUCAGCACUCUAGUUCUAUGUCAUAAAAACCAUAGCAUAGGACUAAUUGUGCCUAGUAAGGUGGGAUGCUGAUGCAUGAGCUUGCACCAUUUUAAACAAGCAGUAGUUCAUCAGUGUAGCUUUGAAGAAAGGCAACCAUCUAAUUGUCAGAAAUGGCUUUGUGUUCGUAGGGUCAUUCAUCCCUUCACUCAGAGUGAAAUUUAGUGGUAAAAUUCAUGACUAUGACUCGUGAAAUGUAUUUGCACAACAUGUCUCUUUGUUAAAAUGCACUGCAAUGUAAAAUGGUGAAGACAAUGUAUAGUAUGCUAUUCUAUUUCAACCACUGACCCGUAUGUAAGUAUCAUUGAUUUCAACAUAAGCAUAUGAAGUAUGGUAUGUUAGUGUGUACGUUUCAGUGGGAACUAACUAUUUGGCAUCUUUCAUUGAGUCAACAAACACCUUCAUCCUUCUAAUGAAGGCCUGCUAAGUUCAUGUAAAUGACCCCCACUUUUUGUGACUGCAGAUCUGGCACCAUGGCCAAUAGUGCGGAUGGCUGUAUACAGUUUACGCGGCAUGCUGGAGAUGUGCUGUUCAACCUCAACCGUUUACGCAGCCGAAAUAUCAUGACAGAUGUAACUGUAACUGUAAACGGCCAGCAGUUCAGGACUCACAAGGCAGUUCUCAUGGCAUGCAGUGGACUCUUCUACACCCUGUUCACCAGUUCUGACAAAAGGAACUCGAGCACCAUUACUCUGGACCCCGUUGUAGACUCGGUGGGUUUCUCGGCAGUACUAGACUUCAUGUACACCUCCUGCCUAACCCUGAAGGACAGCUGCAUCCUCUCUGUCCUCACCACAGCCAUAUACCUCCAAAUGGACCACGUAGUGGAAACAUGUCAAAGAGUCGCCAAGGCCAGGGGCUUACAUAAACACCAGCAAAGGGAGGCGGACUUCACACGGAUCAGUUGGUUUCCCCAGGAUCCCUCUGCUCCUCCCGUGCUGGCUAAUGGCACUAAUGCCUCCCUCUCUGGCCACGGCCGUGCUCUUGGCCAUAUCUAUAGACACGUCCCCAUUCCCGUAAUGCCGGUGACCCCUUACUGGCAAAUCCGGGACCACAGCAGAGCAUCUAGAACUUCUCCUCCCUCCCCUUCUGAUGCAAGCGUUUCUGGAAAGAGGGGCUCUCCCCUUCUGCUCGAGAACAAGGACCUUAGACGGCCUAUCUCACCUCCGUCAUCCACCGACAAUCACCGAGGGCUGCCGUGGCCCAUGGCUCACACUAGACUGGUGCAUGGCCACCACACACACGCGCGGGAACCUGACGGCGGCGAGGAGAUAAAGAGGGUGAAGCGGGACGAGAACGAGAACGAGGAGCAGGAUGAUCUUCUUCUGCGGAGUCCUCACAGGUCAGACUGCCAACCCAGCUCUCCAAUGGAGUCAAGCAGCUGCAGCAACGAGGUGCAGUCUACCUCCUCUUCCUCCUCCUCCUCCUCCUCCUCGCCUGCUCCACCCAGUCCUCUCCACAUACACAGAGAAGCAAAAGUGCACAACUGGAAGAAGCACAGGUUCAUUGUUUUGAAUGCCUCUCAAGAGGACGGGCAGUACAAUGAGAAAUGUACCUCAGAGAGAAGCCUAAAAGAGAGGAUGGAACAGGACGACCAGGCCGAGAAAGACAAUUGGUUUAAUAACCACAGCAGGGAAGCUGAAGACGGCCAAAGAUUUGAGCCUGUAAAACCACUAGAAGAGAGUUCCAAAUCAAGUUAUGUUGUAUCAGAGCAUGUUCCAAACCUGCGCAGAGAAGAUGACUCCAAUACCACAGAGAGAGACCCACACUCUCCUCAGGAUCGUGGUGCUAAACUACACAAAUGUGAACACUGUUCUGCAACAUUCAGCUGCAAAGGAAACCUGACGAACCACAGAUCACUGCAUACAGGUGAGAAACCGUACCGUUGUUCGGUGUGUGGAGCUCAGUUCAACAGACCAGCUAACCUCAAGACCCACAGUCGUAUCCACUCAGGCGAAAAGCCCUACAAAUGUGAAACUUGCGGUGCUCGGUUUGUUCAGGUGGCGCACCUCAGGGCCCAUGUGCUCAUCCACACAGGUGAAAAGCCCUACCCCUGUGAUGUAUGUGGCUCUCGCUUUCGUCACCUGCAGACCCUGAAGAGUCACAAGCGUAUACAUACAGGAGAGAAGCCCUAUCAGUGUGAUCACUGCAAUUUACCCUUUCGCCACAAGAGUCAGCUGAGGCUUCACCUGCGGCAGAAGCACGGCGUUGUGACCGCCAGCGGGAGGAUGCCGCUCCUCAAAUCCAGCAGCGCCCCCUACUGUUCAACAGGCAACAUCCUCCACCCCUGAUACUCACUGGUUAUUCUAUCAUUUUCUGUUUAUAUCUUUCAAGUGUAAAGAAAUCCCGCACUCUGUCCAUUCCACCAACAAACUUUAAUACAACAUUUCGGUCAUCCGACCUUCUUACCUGAAGAAGACGUAUUAAAGUUUGUUGGUGGAAUGGACAGUGUGUGGGAUUUCUUUACACUUGAAUGACAACCCCACUGGGAUAAUAUCCUACGCACCUGCCCAACUAUAGAGGUGUGCAAAAGCGUCUUUUUGAACUGUUUAUAUCUUUACCUCUGGUCAGAUAUGUGAUGGAUUUAUAUUGAGUUGGGAUCUUCAGAGGGUCCAUUUACAUUUGACUUUGACUACUCCAUGUGUCUGGUUUACACAUGCUUGAGCAUUUUCUAUUUUUACUGCUGAAAGAGAUUAGUUGUUUUUUACAAUGUAAAUAGAGGUACUUUUAUUUCCCUACUUUUUAGGUUGUGUAUAAAAGACUGGAAUAUGUGUAAUUUAUGAAAGAUGUUUUUGUAUUACUACUUGACAAACGACUAUUUAAGUCAGGUGUACUGUAUUCGGUGUUCAUAUGGUUUUGCUGGCUACGUUCAUACUACCCAAGUUUUGGGUGUUUAAACUCACUGUGACGUUGUCCUUUGUUUACAUGCAGCCUUGUAUUCGGAUGAGGUAACAGUGUUUACAACAUGUGCACAUUGCCCUCAGCGAUGGGCUGGCUCACUCACAACACACCAGUAAGAGUCAGUAUGAUGUAAUGUAAUGCAAUUCCCAUGCACCAAGUGCUGUACUGCGAUGUAUAUAUUUUUUAACACAGCUGUACUGCGAUGUAUAUAUAUUUUUAACACAGUUGCAUUGUGUAAAGUCUCAGGGAUGUUUAUUUUUGUACAGCGCUGGCAACAGUAGUAUACAGUUUUGACAUGGCGUCUUCGUGUGGUCGAUUGCUCCACGGCCUCUUCUUUAUUUUUUUAAUGUUUGUGUUAUGGACAACCAUUGUAAGGAACGCCAUGAAAGCUAUUUUUAUGCCAUAUCCGCUAAACAUGAGUCUACAGUCAUCUUCAUGUGUUAUAAAUAAAUACAUUAAUGCUGCA